AUGUCUUAUACAACUGCACAGUUCGAGCAAGCUGCUAAGAUUGUUCAGGAGCUCCCCAAGGACGGACCAGUAAAACCAACUCAAACUCAACAGCUUAAUGUAAUAUUGGUGACGUCAAUACUCCUAGACCGACUGGAAUGCUCGAUUUCGCGGGGAAAGCAAAAUGGUACGCACCAUAGUUCUAGCCAUCAGCUUGGUCUGACCUACGAUAGGGACGCCUGGAACGCCCUUAAAGGGACUUCUAAGGAAGAUGCUCAAACACAAUACGUCAAAGCGUUGCUCGAGUUGCUCGAAAGUGCUGACGAUGAAGAUUCGAAGAACUCCGUAGCGAAAAUCAAAGCUGCCUAA